AUGUCCAACUUCGAGCCCAAUGCCAUCAUUCGGGGCGCCCAGUUGACCGUGGUCGGCGCCAACCGCGCCCUCCAGAACCCUGCGCUGUUCACCUCAGACCACUAUCGUCAGGCUGCCCUCGCAGUUCUCGCCGGAAUCCUGAUCCGCCUUCUCAUCGCCAUUCCUACGCUUGGUGUGAGAGCGAUCGUAUGGUUCAUUUCGCUGUUCGCCGAGGCCGAGGGGUCUACAUGGGAUACAGAUGUCGUCGAGGGCCUGGAGUUCAUUGAGAACUCGGUGUUGCAGGUGCCUUUCUUCCUGAUGUCGCUGAUGCGCUAUGUCACGCCAACCUUGGACGACAUGUUCAUGAACUCCCUGCAGUGGGUUGAUCAGACGUACAUCCAGAAGCACAAGACCGACGACCCACGUAAUCUCCGAGCCAUGUACUACCCCACGAUGCGCAUGUACUCCAAGCAUGGUGAUACGAGCGAGAAGAAGAAACCGAUGGAUGCAAUUGUUGCCUUCCUCACGCGAUAUGGCAGGAGGGCCGGUAUUUCGCUGGCGGUCUAUUUUGCCUCGGGCCUGCCGUAUGUCGGCCGCUUCGUUUUGCCUGCUGCCAGUUUCUACACGUUCAAAAGAGGUGUUGGACUUGAGCCGGCCCUGGUUAUAUUUGGGACCUCCAUCUUCUUGCCAAAGCGGUACCUGGUGCGCUUCUUGCAGUCGUACUUCUCUUCGAGGAGUCUGAUGAGAGAGCUGCUUGAGCCGUAUUUCGCCCGCAUCAAGUACAACAAGGAGCAGAAGAAGGCGUGGUUCAGAGAGCGCGAGGGGGUGCUUUUCGGAUUCGGCGUCGGUUUCUUCGUCUUUCUCAAGAUCCCGCUCCUCGGCGUCUUGAUCUACGGCAUUGCGGAAGCGUCGACGGCAUAUCUGGUUACGAAGAUCACGGACCCGCCGCCAGCGCCUGCCGAGGCCGAGGCCACCAAGUUUGUCGAGAGCCAGAUCAAGUGGCACAACAAGUACGAGUUCCUGAACCUGCCUCUGGCCAAUCUCGACGCGCACAACGUGCAGACGGAAGCCCCGAAGCAGGAGACGAUCAACCCGGAGACUCCCAGCAAGAGGUUUUCGUAA